ACUGCUCCGGGCAGUUGCGGCGGGAGAAGCGGAAACUGCUGGGUGCGCCGCGCCGGCCGAGAGCGCGCCGAGGAGCAGCGGGGCGGCCUCCGUCCGGCCCAGACCCGCCGACCGGCGCCCGGCACCGCCUCCCCCGCGGCCCCGCGCCCCGCGCCGCGGCCCCGCCCCGGCCCCGCCCGAGCUCGCCGCGCGCACCCCGCCGGCCCCUGCGGCCCUAUCGCGCCCACCUGAGCCCGUCUGCGCCCACCUGAGCCCGUACGCUGGCGCCAUGGCGGAGCAGGAGAGCCUGGAGUUCGGCAAGGCGGACUUCGUUCUGAUGGACACCGUCUCCAUGCCGGAGUUCAUGGCCAACCUCCGGCUCAGAUUUGAAAAAGGGCGCAUCUACACAUUCAUUGGAGAAGUCGUUGUUUCUGUGAAUCCUUACAAGCCGUUGAACAUCUACGGGAGAGACACGAUCGAGCAGUAUAAAGGACGGGAGCUGUACGAGAGACCUCCUCAUCUUUUUGCAAUUGCGGAUGCUGCUUACAAAGCUAUGAAGAGACGCGCCAAAGACACUUGUAUUGUGAUAUCAGGGGAGAGUGGAGCUGGGAAAACUGAAGCAAGUAAAUACAUCAUGCACUACAUAGCGGCCAUCACCAACCCCAGCCAGAGAGCCGAGGUGGAAAGAGUGAAGAACAUGUUGCUUAAGUCCAACUGUGUCUUGGAAGCUUUCGGAAAUGCCAAAACCAAUCGCAACGACAACUCAAGCAGGUUUGGAAAAUACAUGGACAUCAACUUUGAUUUCAAGGGCGACCCUAUCGGUGGACAUAUCAACAACUACUUACUGGAGAAGUCUCGAGUGAUUGUGCAACAGCCAGGAGAGAGAAGCUUUCAUUCUUUUUAUCAGCUACUCCAAGGAGGUUCAGAGCAGAUGCUACGCUCUCUACAUCUCCAGAAAUCCCUGUCAUCCUACAACUAUAUCCACGUAGGCGCUCAAUUAAAGUCUUCUAUCAACGACGCUGCAGAAUUCAAAGUAGUAGCUGAUGCCAUGAAAGUAAUUGGCUUCAAACCUGAGGAGACUCAAACAGUGUAUAAGAUUCUGGCGGCCAUUCUUCACUUGGGAAAUUUAAAAUUCGUGGUGGACGGUGACACGCCUCUCAUUGAAAAUGGCAAGGUUGUAUCUAUCAUAGCAGAGCUACUCUCCACCAAGACGGACAUGGUAGAGAAGGCCCUUCUCUACCGGACGGUGGCCACAGGUCGUGACAUCAUUGACAAGCAGCACACGGAGCAGGAAGCCAGCUACGGCAGGGACGCCUUCGCUAAGGCGAUAUACGAACGCCUCUUUGGCUGGAUCGUCACCCGCAUCAAUGACAUUAUUGAGGUCAAGAACUACGACACCACGAUCCAUGGGAAAAACACCGUCAUCGGUGUCUUGGAUAUCUAUGGGUUUGAAAUCUUUGACAACAACAGCUUCGAGCAGUUCUGCAUCAACUACUGCAAUGAGAAGCUGCAGCAGCUGUUCAUCCAGCUGGUGCUGAAGCAGGAGCAGGAGGAGUACCAGCGGGAGGGCAUCCCCUGGAAGCACAUCGAUUACUUCAACAAUCAGAUCAUCGUGGACCUCGUGGAGCAGCAGCACAAGGGGAUCAUCGCCAUUCUGGAUGACGCCUGCAUGAACGUCGGCAAAGUCACCGACGAAAUAUUCCUCGAAGCACUUAAUAGUAAAUUGGGCAAACACGGCCAUUUUUCCAGCCGGAAGCUCUGCGCCUCAGACAAGAUCCUGGAGUUUGAUCGAGAUUUUCGAAUCCGGCAUUAUGCAGGUGAUGUAGUCUAUUCGGUCAUUGGAUUUAUUGACAAAAAUAAAGACACUUUGUUUCAAGAUUUCAAGCGUCUCCUGUAUAACAGUUCCAAUCCUGUGCUGAAGGAUAUGUGGCCUGAAGGCAAACUGAGUAUUACGGAGGUGACCAAGCGACCUCUGACUGCUGCCACCUUGUUUAAGAAUUCAAUGAUCGCUUUAGUGGACAACCUUGCAUCAAAGGAGCCGUAUUAUGUACGUUGCAUCAAACCCAAUGACAAAAAAUCCCCACAGAUAUUUGAUGAUGAGCGCUGCAGGCACCAAGUAGAGUAUCUUGGACUACUGGAGAACGUGAGGGUGCGGCGAGCAGGGUUUGCCUUCCGGCAAACAUACGAGAAGUUUCUUCACAGAUACAAGAUGAUCUCUGAAUUUACCUGGCCCAACCAUGACCUUCCUUCAGACAAAGAGGCUGUCAAGAAGCUGAUUGAACAUUGUGGUUUUCAGGAUGACGUAGCUUAUGGGAAAACCAAAAUUUUCAUUCGAACACCCCGAACACUGUUUACCUUGGAGGAGCUCCGUGCCCAGAUGCUCAUAAGAAUUGUCCUCUUUCUACAAAAGGUGUGGCGAGGCACGCUGGCCCGCAUGCGGUACAAGAGAACCAAGGCAGCUCUGACAAUUAUCCGGUACUACCGGCGUUACAAAGUGAAGUCGUACAUUCAUGAGGUUGCCAGACGCUUCCACGGCGUCAAGACCAUGAAGGACCACGGCAAGCACGUGAAGUGGCCAACCCCACCUAAAGUUCUCCGCCGUUUCGAGGAGGCCUUACAGGCCAUUUUUAAUAGGUGGAGAGCAUCCGAGCUCAUCAAGAGCCUGCCUGCUUCAGACCUGCCCCAGGUCAGGGCCAAGGUUGCAGCCAUGGAAAUGCUGAAAGGUCAGAGGGCUGACCUUGGGCUCCAGAGAGCCUGGGAGGGCAACUAUCUUGCUUCGAAGUCAGACACACCUCAGACCUCAGGCACUUUUGUCCCCGUCGCAAACGAGCUGAAACGGAAGGACAAAUACAUGAAUAUCCUCUUUUCCUGUCACGUCCGUAAGGUGAAUCGAUUUAGUAAGGUGGAGGACCGAGCGAUUUUUGUCACCGAUCGUCACCUCUAUAAGAUGGAUCCCACUAAACAGUACAAGGUGAUGAAGACCAUCCCUCUGUACAACUUGACUGGUCUGAGCGUCUCCAAUGGAAAGGACCAACUUGUAGUGUUCCAUACAAAAGACAACAAAGACCUCAUUGUCUGCCUCUUCAGCAAACAGCCAACCCAUGAGAGUCGAAUAGGAGAACUUGUUGGCGUCCUGGUGAAUCAUUUCAAGAGUGAGAAGCGCCACCUUCAAGUCAACGUCACUAACCCCGUGCAGUGCAGCCUGCACGGCAAGAAGUGCACCGUCUCCGUGGAGACGCGGACCAACCAGCCAGAGCCCGACUUCACCAAGAACCGCUCCGGCUUCAUCCUCAGCGUGCCGGGGAACUGACCGCGCACCGGGGAGGCCUUGCAGCCCCCGUCUGACUUGCUGACUCCCCGCUACCGCCCGCUAGAAAUCAGCUCACAAGAGUCCUCCGUGCUUGGGGCCGAGCCCCUCUCCUGCCUCCUCCAGGGCUCCUCCCCUGAGGUUUUCUUGCUGGUUUUCUGCCUUUGGUCUCCAUCCUCCUCUCCCCCCACUUUCCACAGCCCUCACUCAACAAACCAAAGACCCCGGCGCCCUGCCACAGACCCCUGGGCUCACACCCAGACACAGCUCCCCGCAGAGGCCACUCAAUGUCGGCAGAGGC